AUGCUUUCCCUCUACGAUAUUAGUGUACCCGUUUUCAUUCGAAAUCUUGAGAUCCUUUCCACACUCUUACACAAGGCUUCCGCCUGCCCCGAUGUUUCAGACGAAGUACUGGUCAAGAGCAAGUUGAUUUCCGACAUGGGCGACUUAAUUUUCCAAAUCCAUGUGAUAACGGACUUGGCUUGUGGUAUGGCAAGCAGUGCAGGCAAGAUCGAGCUCACAGAAAUGCCGAGAACUGAGACCAACAUGAAUGAAUUACAAGAUCGUAUCCAGGCAACUAUCAAGGCGCUGAAAUCCGUCAAGCAAGAGGAUUUCGUCGGCGAAGAGGAGGCUAUUUCUUUCACGAAGGGUGAUUUGGUAAUUCCAUUUGUCGGAAAAACUUACAUCCAGGAAUUUCAAAUUCCGAAUCAUUACUUCCAUUUCGUUACUGCCUACAACUUACUGCGCAAGGAGGGCAUAGAUAUCGGAAAGAAGGACUACUUGGGCAAGUCAUAA